GCUGACAAAUCGCAUUUCCGCUUCAUCAGUGUUUUGCUCACGGUUUUCAUCCGGAAUUCAAAUAUUUGACUUAAAAGGAGCAAGAAAAAAAAAAUGUCAGCAAAACCAACGUGUUUGAUUGUGGCCAGUUCGACUCCUCAAGGUGUGUCAGCAAAAUCAUUCCAUCAGUCCUUCAGUCUUUGUACCUCUGCCUUUAACCUGCAGACAGCCACGCCUGGGGGGAAGCCCAUAGAUUUUGUUGGGAUCGACGAAAGCACUGCCAGAUGGGUGCAGGACUUCAGUGUCAAACCUUACGCGACUCCAGCCAAACUGGAAUCUAUAGAUGGUGCUCGAUACCAGGCAUUGCUCAUCCCAGACUGCCCUGGAGCCCUGAACGACCUGGCACACAGCGGUUCUCUGUACCGCAUUCUCACCCACUUCAUAUCUUACCACAAGCCUGUUUGUGCUGUGGGUCAGGGUGUAUCGGCCCUGUGCUGUGCCACUGAGGGCCAGCGGUGGAUUUUCAGCGGCUACAGUUUAACGGGGCCGUCAGUGUUUGAACUGGUGCGGAGGCCUGACUUUGCCAACCUGCCCUUGAUUGUAGAGGACUUUGUUAAAGACAGCGGUGGAUCAUACACAGCAAGUGAAGAAGAUGGCGUGCAUGUGGUAGUAGACAGACACCUAAUUACUGGUCAGAACAUCCAGUCAACCUCACUUGCUGUAAAUAAUCUCCUCCUGCUCUGUAGCAGCAAGUAAAAAAAAAAAAAAAAAAAAGGAUCAACAACUGUUCCAC